AUGUUCUCCGUCAUCGUACCCGGGAGGCCAUGCCUCACAGACAUCGUCGCGGUGGACGCGCAACCCAACGGCCAGGCGACAAAGUUCGCUUUCACCUUCCCCCUCAACCCACCCUUCACAGAACUCGUCGUGUUUUUCUUACCGGGCACUGUCCUCCCCCAAGACACCGCCGCCGCAAUCUACAUCCAAUUACCCGAACCCACGCCUUCACCCACUGGCCCGCAGUUCCGGUUCAUCGGAGCCUUAGCCAACGAGAAACCCUCCGCAGUUUUCCAGGUCCAAUCAAAUCCCUCGCCAGCACGGCCACGGCGCUCAGAAGCUGAAGAGGAAGAUGAGAUGCUGGACGAGGGCGCCAGCGGUGCUGCAGGCGCAGCCCCCGUAGACGGGAUAGUAACGCUGGGUAUCUCAAUCGAGCCUAUUCAGAAUGUUGCGCCGCAGCUUGCGGAGCUUGAGGCAAAUGCGGGCAAAGCGGGGACGUCGACAGAGCUGGUGCGCCAGACUCCGGAACAGCGCCAGCAGAAGGGUAUCACGACCAAGGUCCUGGCGCAGCGCAUUAUUGGAAAUGCCUUUAACUUUCUGGCGAGCUUUGCAUCGGCUGAUCCGAGUCAUAAGGGUCAGGAGGUUGUGUCACUGAAGAGCUUCCAAGAUUGGUGGGCAAAGUUUGAGCGGCGGGUUGAUAUGGACCCGACAUUUUUGGAACGUGAGGACCCGAAAGCUAGCGGGUGA